AUGACGGGAAGCUCACUUCCAAUUCUACUACUAACUCUACUCAUUCCCAUCUUCGUUUCCGUACCCCUUUUCUCCCUCACCGCCGAUGCUAUCUCCGGCAGCACCGACGACUGCAAGGGGAAGCCGAUAUGCAUCGACGGGGGUGAUGACGUUGACGAUGAUGAUGAUAACGGCGGCAGCUGUCGGGCCAACGGUACCAAAGACUGCGGCGACGGCAGCUACGAGACCUACACAUGCUCCCCACCGGUCACGUCCGAGACCAGGGCCACGUUGACGGUAAACAGCUUCGAGGACGGCGGCGACGGUGGCGGUCCGUCGGAAUGCGACGGGGUAUACCAUAGCGACCACGACAAGGUGGUCGCACUCUCCACGGGAUGGUACGAAGGAGGGUCGAGGUGCGGGAAGAUGAUAAGGAUAAUGCACAACGGGAAGAGCGUGGAGGCGAUGGUGGUGGACGAGUGCGACUCAUUGCACGGUUGUGAUCAAGAGCACGCCGGGCAGCCGCCGUGCAGGAACAACAUCGUCGAUGGCUCGCCGGCGGUAUGGGAGGCUUUGGGCCUGGCCCAGGAUGAAGGGGAAGUUUCAGUUACUUGGAACAUGGCCUAG